AUGAAAGAAAUGAGAAAUGUGGAUGUUAUUAAAGCUGACCAUGGACUAGUUCGCUUAGUGACGGCAUAUCAUGAACAUGGGCACAAAGCUGCCAAAAUCAAUCCACUAUUUACUGGCCAGGCUGUGAUGGAUGUGGUGCCUGAAAUUCAGGUUCUGACGGAAACCUUACAAGGGCCUUUCAAUACGGCAGGGCUUUUGAACAUGGGAAAGGAUGAAGCUUCUCUUGAAGAUGUCCUAUCUUACCUGGAGCAUAUCUUCUGUGGACAUAUUUCUAUAGAGACUGGCCAGCUGUCAAGCAUACAAGAAAAGGAAUGGAUUGCUAAACGGUUUGAGGAACUGAAACAAGAAGCUUUUACUACCGAAGAGAAAAAAUAUUUGUCCAAGCUCAUGCUAGAAUCUCAGGAAUUUGAUCGUUUUUUAGCUACCAAGUUUGCCACAGUGAAACGCUACGGCGGCGAGGGUGCAGAAAGCAUGAUGGGAUUCUUUCAUGAACUGUUAAAGAUGUGCUCGUAUAGUGGGGUGACAGACAUCAUCUUGGGAAUGCCUCAUCGAGGUAGACUUAAUCUUCUCACGGGUCUUCUUCACUUUCCGCCUGAGCUGAUGUUCCGUAAAAUGCAAGGCUUGAGUGAAUUCCCGGAGAACUCCCCUGCAAUUGGAGAUGUCCUCUCCCACCUCACGGCAUCUGUGGAUCUGGACUUUGGGUUUCACCGCCCGAUUCAUGUCAUCUUGUUGCCGAAUCCUUCCCAUCUAGAAGCCAUUAACCCUGUGGCAGUUGGCAAAACAAGAGGGAGACAACAAUCUUUGCUUGAUGGAGAUUACUCCCUAUCUAGUUCUGCACAGCCAGGAGAUAAAGUCAUCUGCCUGCAGGUUCACGGAGAUGCCUCUUUCUCUGGCCAAGGCAUUGUUCCGGAAACAUUUACCCUUUCCAAUCUGCCCCAUUUUAGAAUAGGUGGAAGCAUUCAUCUCAUUGUUAAUAACCAACUGGGCUACACUACACCAGCAGAGCGAGGAAGAUCAUCUUUGUACUGUAGUGAUAUUGGUAAGAUAGUUAACUCUGCUGUUAUCCAUGUGAAUGGGGAUGACCCUGAAGAAGUGAUCAGAGCUGCACGACUGGCUGUGGAGUACCAGCGACACUUCCGGAAGGAUGUGAUUGUGGAUUUACUGUGCUACCGGCAGUGGGGUCACAAUGAACUCGAUGAGCCUUUUUUUACAAACCCCACCAUGUAUAAAUUAAUCAGGUAGUGCUUAAAUUCCAACAGGAAGAGUUGUUGACAGUGGAACCAGUACCCAAAGAGGUGGUAGGUUCAU